AUGUCACAGACGAUGCGAGCAGUUGAUAUCAAAAACACCACCGGCCCAGCCUCAUCCCUCUACAUCAACCCUUCCAUCCCCAAACCUGUCCCCAAGGAAGGCGAAGCCCUCGUGAAGAUUAAAGCGUUCGGUCUCAAUCGCAUGGAUCUGCUUCAGCGAGAGGGCAUGUAUCCCGUUCCGCCGCAGGCGUCGAAGACCUUGGGGGUUGAGUUUGCUGGGUGGAUUGAGGGGGAUGCUGCGGAGGGGUUUCGGGAUGGGGAUGAGGUUUUUGGGUUGGCUUAUGGUGGCGCGUAUGCCGAGUUCAUUGCCGUGAGCACGCAUAUGCUGAUCCAUAAGCCGAAGGAAUUGAGCUGGGAGGUCGCUGCUGGGAUGCCGGAGACAUGGAUCACCGCCCUCCAAGCCAUUCACUUAAUCGCCAACUUCCAGCCUGGCGAAUCCAUCCUCUGGCACGCCGGCGCGUCCUCUGUAUCCAUCGCCGGCAUUCAACUCACCCGCUCUCUCGCUCCUUCAUCGAAAAUCUAUGUCACUGCUUCUUCCUCCGAGAAGAUCGAGUUCUGCAAGUCCCUAGGCGCAACAGACGGAUUCAACUACAAGACCUCCAACUGGUCAGAAGAACUCCUGAAGGCUACGGAUGGUAAGGGCGUAGACGUCAUCAUCGACUUCAUUGGCGCGAGCUAUUUUCAGGGCAACCUCGACGCCGCAGCACGAGAUGGGAGGAUUGUGCACCUGGGGAUGAUGGGAGGGACGAAGUUGCCGGAGGGGACGGACAUUGCGGCGUUUGUGAAGAAGAGGGUUAGUUUUCUGGGAAGCUCGUUGCGGAGUAGGGACCCGGAGUAUCAGGGCCGCUUGAGGGAUUUGCUUGCUGAAGAGGUGGUGCCGAAGGUUGUGAAGGGGGACUUGGAGGUGAAGGUUGAGAGGGUGUUUAGUUGGAAGGAUGUUGUGGAGGCGCAUGGGGUGAUGGAGAGGAAUGAGACGAGGGGGAAGAUUAUCCGUCGCUUAUCGCUAAGGUCAGAUGAAGAUGAAUUGUUUGGCUCUGCAGUCUCAAACGGCCUAAUGGCGGGUAUGGAAAGCCCCGAAAUGUUUCGUAAAGCUGCCGACGGCGCCAGGUCGGAGAAUAAAGCGGUUACUUAUAAGAGGAUGCAAUUCAACGAGCUGCAAAUGGCUUUAUACGCCUCCACACUACUGCUUUUCCUAACACAACUCGUCACCAGCACACCUCUCACGCAACCGUUCAACGCAACCAAUGGACUUACAGCCAACUGCCUCACCUCCGACAAAUUCACUCGCAAGGGCUGGAUCCCCGUAGACUGCUACGCAGCCAGCUACCUCAUCUACAACGAACAAGUACGGCAAGGAAACCCGGACGUGUCACGCGAAUUCUACCCCAUCGGCACCCCCCAUCCUCUCGCACAGUCCCAUUAG